AUGUUUGUGACCAGUUUGCUUUUAUCGGGGCUGUUUUAUUACAAUCCGCUCGUAGCGGUGGCCGUGUUUGCGCUUGUGGGGCUUCUCUACUGGUUGGUGAAACAUAACUACAAGUUUUGGGAGAUAGAAGGAGUGCCAUAUCCGAAACCUUCCCUGGUGACGGGAAACCUGGGUCCUACGCUAACGCUGAAGAAACACAUUUGUGAGCUGGCUAGCGAUUGGUACAAUGCCUAUCCAGACAAACCGUUUGUGGGAUAUUUUAAAAUGUUCACACCCGCCAUCAUGGUGAGAGAUCCCGUGCUCGUGAAGAACAUAUUGAUGCGCGAUUUUGAAUGCUUUGCGAACAAUGAUUUCCCAAUCGACACCAAGUACGAUCCACUGCUUGCCAAUCAUCCCUUCAUGGUGGGAGGUGAGCGCUGGAAGCGAUCACGCAGCUUACUGACGCCAUCGUUCACCGGCACGAAGAUUAAGCAGCUAUUCCCGGUCAUGCAGUCGGUAGCCGAUGCGUUCGUAGCAUUUAUCGGACGUCAUUUGGCGCAGGAGUUCGAGGCUAAAGAGGUAGCGGUACGUUUUACCACUCAAAAUGUGGUCGCUUGUACGUUCAGCCUCGAUGCUGAUUGUUUUGCGGAAAAGGAGAGUGAAUUCCGGCGCAUUGGAAAGCGAGUCUUUGACGUAUCACACAUGGCCACUUUCAAGACAUUUAUGGUCGUUUUUCUACCGACGAUUGCAAAGUGGAUUCCAGCACCCUUUCUUCUAAAGGAGGUGGACGAAUGGAUUAGAUCACUGGUAGCAAACCUGAUCAUCGAACGAUCAGCCACAGCACAAGAAGGUUCCUUACCGGAAGACUUGAUGCAAUCGUUUCUCAAGAACAGGGAGAAAAAUAACACCAGCCAAACGGAAAUUACGGCUCAAGCGUUAACUGCUUUUAUCGAGGGCUUCGAAACCUCCAGCGCGACACUGGGCGCUGCCCUGCACAGUCUUGCCAAACAUCCAGAGAUGCAGCAAAAGCUGUACGAUGAGAUAGGAAAACAGAUCGCUGCCAAUGAUGGCAAGCUGGACUUUGAUGUGGUGCAGCAGAUGGAGUACUUGGACUGGGUAAUGCUCGAAACGUUACGGAUGUACACACCAGCAACAACGAUGCAUAAAGUUUGCACCAAGAAGUACAUCAUGCGCAAAGGAUUCCGGGACGAGAAUGGGCACGAUAUGAGCAUAUACGUGCGUGAGGGAACACCAAUCUUAAUUCCCAUACUCGCAAUACACAUGGAUCCCAAGUACUAUCCAGAACCGCAGAAGUUUGACCCGGAACGAUUCAGCCCGGAGCGGAAGGUGAUGCAUCCGGGCGCAAUAUAUAUGCCGUUCGGUGAAGGGCCAAGGAUGUGUUUGGGAAUGCGGUUUGCCCAGGCGCAGGUGAAGCUAGCAAUGGUGAAGUUGCUAUUACACUACCGUGUUACGGUUGGGCCGAGCGAUAAACCAUUCGUUAUUGAUCCGCGUUCAUUCGUUUACCAACCCAAAGAUGGGUUGCGAAUUGUGUUUGAAAAGCGAUAA